GACUGGCGAUAGUCUGCAGGCUCAAUGCUUAAAAAUGUGUUCGUUUUGUGAUGUUUUUUGCAAAGAAUCAUAGCACAAUCAUCGCUAAAUUGGUAAAUUAAUGGGAUAGAAAUCAGUAAGGACCUAUAAGUUCUCUCUGAUCUCUGGGGAAAAUCCGCAGCUCCCCCCUCUCGACAACCCUGUCCAUGAACAGUACGUAAGUUUUCAAGGUUAGGUUUGACGGAAUACAGCAACACAAUGCAUAGGCGAUCUGACAAGAGAGUAUGUUCUGUGCAAAACUUCCUCUCGUACGAUGUUAUAAACGUGAAGAGAACUCAGAAAACUCCACACGUCCACCGCUAAUGAGAGCUAACCCACGAAUAAUCUGUGUUCACUACGUAAACUGUAAACCCGAAAUUACUUGUGUUCAGUGAAUUAAACAACUCAGCCACUAGUGGACCAAGUUUCGCAGAACACAAACUCAAGAUGAAAUCGAUAAACUUAAGCGAACCGCUUCCAGCUCCUUUUCAAUUCGAAACUAUUAUCGAUAAGGAAGAUGUGAAACGAUUCUAUCGGAAUUAUUGGCAUUAUUCAGUCUACAUUGCUACCAUCUACCUGAUAACCAUCUACUUUCUUCGUGAAUACAUGAAGACCAGACCUGCCUUCGAACUCAAACGUGCAUCUUUCGUUUGGAAUGGGAUCCUUGCGCUAUAUAGUAUCAUCACGACUGUAAGAGGAUUUCCAGGAUUCCUGUUUGCAUUUAGUCAUUACCCGUUUUAUCAUAUCGUUUGUGAUAAGAUGCUUACGGAACAAUCUCCACAGUUCAUAUUUUGGGGUACAUUAUUUCUGUUUUCAAAAGUAUGGGAAUUGGGAGAUACUGUUCUAAUUGUACUGAGAAAAAGAAAUCUGAUGUUUCUGCACUGGUAUCAUCAUGUGGCAACUUUAAUCGGAAUGUGGCACGCUGCAUAUAGGGAAGCAUCUUUCGGAACUUUACUAAGUUAUACAAAUGUUUUCGUGCAUUCGUUUAUGUACAGUUAUUUUACUCUAAAAUCAAUCGAUGUGAAGAUUCCUGUUAAAUUCGCCAUGUUCAUCACGGCCAUUCAAACAUUACAGAUGUUAUUCGGUGUUCUUCUUUCAUUCUGGGUAUAUUGGCUUCACGUAAAUAAUUAUGAAUGUGACACUCCUAAAGAUGUUCUCGAAACCGGUUUCGUGAUAUAUUCAUCAUAUUUAUUCUUAUUUAGUUACCUGUUUUAUAAUUCUUACAUUAAAUCUCGUUCAAAAAAGAAACAUGAAUAAGCAUUAUAAUGUAAUAAUGAUUGAAAAUGAUAUCUUUGUCUCUUUAAAAUGAA